CGAUGUUUACAGAAGGAGUUUUAGAACUAUUAAGGAUCCUAUGCGUGUCGCCUUCUGAUUGGAUGAAAGAAAAAUAAUUUUUUUUUUUCUUCUACUCACUCUUUUCUCCGACUUCAUCUCUUCGUCUCUCUCUAUUUGGCGACUGUGGAUGUUAAAUGAUGCUUCAAACUGUUUAUAUUGUUUCAGAUGGGUUAUCAUCUUUUUAAAACGAUUGGAAAUUGAUGUUACCAAAGCUAGAGAUCUAUGCGAUGCUAAUCGUCUCCUUUCUCAAGGACGUUCUCUCUUUCAAGCUUUUCCUCUCUCUUUUUUUAUUUUGUUUCCUGGAUUUUUUUAGCUUCGAAUUUGUUUAAUUGAAGUAGAGUUCUGCAUAAAAAAAAAAUAUAUAAAACGUUAAAGGAAGCUUGUGAGGAAUUUGUUCUUGUUCUGACUUGUGUAAGGUAUCCUCUAGAUUUGUGUUCUUGUUAUUUGUGUUUAUAAUUAUCAGGAUGAAAAUAGGUUUGAGCUAAUUCCAAUAUUUGUUGUAGUUUGAUUUAAUUGUUUGGUGUUUGUUUUUAAGAUUCGUUUUUUCUUAAGGUCCUUUUGUGUUAUCUUAGUAUUUCUUUUGCUUUGCAGUGAUCCUCUAAGCUCUGAAGUCAAGAAAGCACCAACGAGAUCUAGUUGCAGUUCCUACGACCUCCAUGGCUUCCGGUGAUGUUCUUCGUCGUUUCAUCAUUGUCUAUCUUUCCCAGUACAGCUCUGACUCCUUGGUGACGUAUUGGGUGUGAAGAGGACAAUUUGAUCCGAAUGCAAUGACAGCAAAAGCAAGGUAAAAACUUAUUAGGCCCACUGAUUGCUAGUUAUGUGACCUUUAACCAUAAACUCCAAUUGCACCAUUGAUUGCUAGUCUUUAGGUUUUGCUCUUCCUUCUCCUUUAAACACAAACCAUAAACACGUCUUCUAUCUCUUCCUUUAAACAUACACGAUUCUUCUUACUCUUCCAUCCCUUUAAGCACAAACCAUAAUCACGCCUAAUUAUUACAACCUUCUUUCUUUCUUUUAAACACCAACCAGAAACUUGGCUAUGAAUCCAUUUAGUGAAACUUUGGGUUUUAUGGAUCUGUUAACUAGUCAAACCACAACCAACACUGUCGAAACCAAUGAAACUGAUGAGGUUGCAAGCGAAGGUGAACACCAACCUGAGGAGCGUCAACAAAGAAGAAAAUGGUCUCACACUGAAGAUGUCUCUCUCAUUAGUGCUUGGCUCAAUACAAGUAAGGAUGCAGUUAUUUCAAAUGGCCAAAAACGUAAUACUUUUUGGUCACAUAUUGCAACUUAUUAUGCUGCAAGUCCUAAGCUUGCUGGUCUCGAGAAAAGAGAGCCCAAGCACUGCAAACAAAGGUGGCAAAGGAUCAACGAGACGGUGUGCAAGUUUGUUGGAAGCUAUGAAGCUGCAACAAAAGCAAAAUCUAGUGGCCAGAAUGAGGAUGAUGUGAUUAAAUUGGCUUACGAGAUAUUCCACAAUGAUUACAAGGUGAAUUUUACCAUUGAGCAUGCUUGGAGGGAGCUUCGCCAUGAUCAAAAAUGGUGUCGAGCUUCUAGUACGAAAGGUACUGGAGCUUCAAAGAGAAGAAAGGCUAAUGAACAACCUUCACAGUCAUCAACCUCAGUUCCAACGAAUGUGGAAGAAGAAGCUCGUCCUUUAGGUAUUAAUGCAGCAAAGGCUAAGGAAGCAAAGGCCAAGGGUAAAAGGGUUGUGAGCAGGCCAAAGACUGUGGAAGAAGAAGGUGCUUCGCUUGAGGAGUUUCAGAGCAUGUGGGAGAUUAGGCAAAAAGAAUUUGAUUUGAAAGAGAAGCAAAGUAAGAUCAAAGAGAAGCAAACAAUGCAUAAAAUGCUUGACCGACUCCUUGCUAAAACAGAGCCGCUUACAGAAAUGGAGAUUGCUUUGAAGAAUAAGCUAAUUAGUGACAUGUUGUCAAGUUAGUUUGAGUUUCAGUUUAUGUUUAUGUUUUCUGCUUCUAUGUUGCCGUUUCAGUUCUGUUUUAUGUUAUGAGUAGUUGUAUGUCUGUUUUUUGCUAUGAAUUUGUUGGUCUUGAGCAGUGUUAUGUUUAAUUGUUAACAGUUUGAAUUGGAGUUGUUGUAUGAGCUUGGUGUUUGG